AUGUUAUUAAAUAUUAUUCAAGUGAACAAUAUUGAGCUGUAUUUAAUGAUACGACUUAUUCAACGUUUACUUAAAUAUACAUCAAUAAAACAUAUUGAUUAUCAAUUAUUAAUUGAUUCAUUGGGUACAUUACGUGAAAUAGCAAAAAAAAAAUUAAAUGAACAAAGUAGAAAAACGGAAAAACAUUUAUCAAUGUUUAAUAUUGUUCAUAUUAUUGAUACUUGUCGUUAA